UUUGGUCCAUGCCUCCCAUUCUUUGAAUCUUAUAUUGAUGCAAAUUAUGCAACUUAUAACCCUCUGGCACUGUAUAUGUACACAAACAAACUUUUAAGCCAUGAGUGCCUCAGUCAUUGUUUCUCUUUCACAUCUAACAAGUAUGAAGCUUCAAAGAGUGAAUACAUAUAUAAUUCCACAUUUAUUCGUGCUUUUCAUAAUCUUGUUAGCUUCAACAUCAACACGAGCACAAGUUGAAGAACUUGAGGACGAGAGAGAGUUCGAUUAUAUUGGAGCAAGUGAAAAGGGGCCUCGUCACUGGGGAGAGAUGAAAAAAGAAUGGUCAUCUUGUAAAAAUGGACACUUGCAAUCUCCCAUAGACUUGUCAUGUGCAAGAGUCAAAAUUAUCCCUCGAUGUCGCCAACCUGAUAUAUACUACACAGCUACUAAUGCCACUAUCAUCAACAGAGGCCAUGAUAUUGCUGUAUAUUGGAAGGAUGAUGCUGGUUCAGUAUACCUCAAUGGAACCGAAUACUUUCUGAAACAAUGUCAUUGGCACUCUCCUUCGGAACAUUCCAUGAAUGGCAGGAGGUAUGACUUGGAGAUGCACAUGGUGCAUGUAAGUCCGGACAACAAGAUUUUUGUGGUUGGAGCUCUCUAUAAGUUUGGUCAUCGUCCUGAUCGUUUUCUCUCUCAGUUGGAGAAAGACAUAAAGCACCUGGUUGAUAAUGAAGUAGAAAGAGCAAUUGGAGAGACAAAUCCCUCAGGAUUACAGACAAGAGGCAAUGCGUAUUACAGAUACGUAGGUUCACUCACCACUCCUCCUUGUACUGAAGGUGUCAUCUGGAACAUUGAUAGAAAGAUUAGGACAGUUUCGGAAGAACAAGUGAGGCUUUUGAGGGAGGCAGUGCAUGACCAUGCAGAGAGGAAUGCAAGGCCAAUGCAGCGACGUUACAAUCGAGAUAUAUUAUACUUCCGAUCCAAAAGCAGAGCAAAACCAGAAUAUUAUUAAUUCUGAGUUUACUUCCACGACACAAUACAUGAUGAUGAUGUUUAGAGCUCCGUUAUUGUUGUCUUAUGAUAAUAAUGUUCUAGCUAGCUAGGUGGUUCAUGGUUAAUAAAUUAGACUUCCUUUCAUAAAAAAGAAUUAGACUU